AUGGAUUCGCGCCGCGCCUCUAUCCAGCAACAUGCUGUGCGCUCUGGCUAUGACACAAAGGCGCUGCCGAAGCGCCUGUCCAUGAUAAGCGUCCUCGGCUUAUCUUUUGCGAUUAUGGCAGUUCCCUAUGGUCUCUCAACGACUUUUUAUGUCACGCUGCCGAACGGACAGUGUGUCUCGAUCAUCUGGGGCUGGAUCCUGGUGUCUCUCAUCUCGCUGUGUAUCGCCGCCUCCCUUGCAGAGAUCUGUGCGGUGUAUCCGACGGCUGGUGGCGUCUAUCACUGGUCCGCGAUCCUUUGCACGCCUAAAUAUGCCGCCGUGGUCAGCUUCGUCGAUGGGUGGUUGACACUAGUCGGGAACUGGACCGUCACAUUGUCGAUCAACUUCGGUGGAGCACAACUCAUCCUGAGUGGUCUCACGAUCUACGAUGAAAGCUUCAUCGCGACGCCAUGGCAGACUGUGCUGAUGUUCUGGGCCGUGACUCUGCUGUGCGUGUUGGUCAACAUCUUUGGCGUCAGGUGGCUGGACUUCAUCAACCAAGCAUGUAUUUGGUGGACGGGGGCAUCCAUGGUUAUCAUCCUUAUUACGUUGUCUGCCACCGCCGAUGUUGGAAGACACUCUGCCGACUAUGUCUUCACGCAUUACGAUGCAUCCGCAUCUGGAUGGGGUGACGGCUGGUCAUUCUUCGUUGGUUUGCUUCAACCGGCCUAUGUUUUGACUGGCUAUGGCAUGGUUGCAUCCAUGUGUGAAGAGGUGCAGCAUCCGGAGCGCGAGGUCCCCAAGGCAAUGGUACUUAGCGUGGCAGCUGCUGGACUGACUGGCAUCGUCUACAUCCUCCCGAUUCUCUUCACCCUUCCAGACGUCGAGUAUCUGCUCGGCUUUUCCCAACCGAUCGGUCUACUCUUCAAAGAGCUCGAGCUUCAAGUCAACGCGAUCAUCCUAUCUGCCCUAGUGAAUUGCGCCCUAGCGUGUAUCUACUUUGGAUCCUCGGCAGCUUUCAACUCCUUCACAGGCGUCGCCACUAUUUGCCUGUCUGCCAGCUACUGCGUCCCGAUCCUGGUCAGUCUCAUCCGCAAGCGCGAACUGGUCAAGUCGUCGUCUUACUCUCUCGGCAAAUUCGGGCCAUUCAUCAAUGGCGUGACGAUUGUUUGGAUAUUCUUCGCCAUUGUGAUCUUCUGUAUGCCAGUAGCGAUUCCUGUCACACCCUCGACGAUGAAUUACGCCAGCGUUGUCUUCGUCUUCUUCGCUGUGGUGGCUGCAAUCUGGUACAUCGUCUAUGGAAGGACUCACUUCAAAGGACCUGGAAGUAUGGAUCUUGAAGGGGAAGCGCCCAUUACUGGCACUCCGGCUGGUGAUGGUAAUGGCAUUGUCGAGAAGGGAAAUGGACAUAACUCGAAUGGCACGGAUAGCUCCGAGGGUAUCUCAAAGACUGUCUAG